GGAAGUGACCCGGGAACCGGAAGCACUGUUUACAGCCGGUGUGCAGACCGGAGGAAAUCACCAAAUACCAAAAUUACCCCCGAACGUGGUAUAUAAUGCAACCUGCAAGUAUUUAAUACCCCCAGGAAGAGCAACUGAAGCAAGCGGAGCAGACUGGGGCCGCCAUUAUGAUCUCCCAGCUGUUCAUCCUGUCCUCCAAAGGCGACCUCCUGAUACACAAGGACUACCGCAGCUCCUCCACGCGCUCCAGCGCGGCCGACGGUCUCUAUCUGAAGCUGUCGUCCCUUCCCUCGGAUCAGGCCCCUGUGGUCACGGAAUACGGAGGGUCGCACUUCAUCCACACCCGCCACAAGGGUCUGUAUUUCGUCAUCAGCAUCUGCGCCGCCGACUCGCCGUUCAUGUACAUAGAUCUCCUGAACCGACUGGCGUCCUUGAUCCGGGAUUAUUGCGGGGACCUCAGCGAGGCGGUUGUGAGCCUCAAUUUUGCGCUGAUCUACGAGCUCCUGGAUGAGAUACUGGACUAUGGCUACGUGCAGACUACAUCCACAGACAUGCUGAAGAAUUUCAUCCAGUCCGACCCCGUGGCCACGAAGCCCUUCAGUCUGCUGGACCUGAGCAGCGUGGGGCUGUUUGGAGCAGACACUCAGCAGAAUAAAGUAGCUCCGAGUUCAGCUUCCAGUCGGCCUGUCCUGACGUCGCGGCAACAAGGGGAUCAAAAUGAGAUCUUCCUGGAUGUCAUCGAGCGCAUGACGGUGGCCAUAGGAGCAAAUGGUUCUCUGCUGAAGGCUGAUGUUCAGGGGGAGCUGAGGCUCAAAAGUUUCUUCCCCAACUGCCCAGAGCUGCGGAUCGGCGUCAGCGAAGAGUUCUGCGUGGGGAGUUCUGAGCUGAGAGGAUACGGCUCCGCCGUGCGGGUCGACGGCUGCCAGUUUCACGAAUCCAUACAGCUCGAUGAAUUUGAAAACUGCCGUGUGCUGAAAGUUCUCCCACCCCAGGGUGAGCUCACGCUCAUGCAGUACCAGAUCUCGGACAGCCUCACCUCCGCGCUUCCCUUCCACGUCUUCCCGAGCUUGGAGAGAGAUGCCGGAAGCAGCCGCCUGCGGAUUUACCUGAAGCUGCGGUGCGAUUUGAGUCCUAAAAGCCAGGCCAUUAACGUCCGUGUCCAGCUACCAGUGCCGAAGGGAACCAGCAGCGUGUCUCAGGAUCUGAGCAGUCCGGAGCAGUCCGCGGAGUUUCUGGCCGGCUCGCAGUCCGUUACCUGGAGCAUCCCCAGGAUUUGCGGGGGGACACAGCUCUCCGCUCUCUUCAAGGUGGACGUCUCCGGCCGACUCUCCGCUCCGUCUCUUCUGGACUUGCCUCCACUCAACCUCUCUUUCCAGAUACCGUCCCUCACAAGCUCCGGGCUUCAGAUCCGGUUCCUCAGGCUUCGGAGCGAACGCCCUGUCCCGACGCACACGUGGGUUCGAUAUCUGACCCAAAGCGACUCAUACAGCGUCCGGCUGGGGUAGGCCGCUCCGGGAAACAGGAAAAAUACCCUGCAUCUGGCUAGUUUAAAGGGACAGC